AUGAACUUCACCAAGUUGUGUUCAUUUUUUCUCAUCAAUGAUAAAUCUAAAUUUAUUAUAACCAUCACGAGAAAAUUGUCACUCGUGACAAAUAAGUCGUUGAAGAACAAUUGUUUUAUUAAUAUCAAUUAUUCGACAGGACGAUUACAACCGAAACGUGUCACGGCUGAACACGGCUCUGAUUUGUCUCUUUCGUGUACAUUUCAAGAAGAAGACAGUGAUAAAACUAUUGUACAAUGGCUUUAUCAAAAUUUAACUGAUUUUCACAGUAAUUCUCGUACACAUAAACCCUAUUGGCGACCAUUAUUUCUCAAUGCUCAAUCAUUGACACCGACUGAGACACGCUAUAGUAUUCAACAAAAAGUUCAACAAAUCAAUGAUUCAUCGAUAGCGUAUUCAACAAUCUUAACAUUGGCUAAAGUGACUGAUUCAGACGAAGGUCUCUACAUGUGCAAAUCUCUUUCUCCGAAAACUAUUCAAAUGGCUUAUCAAGUUCGUGUUAUACAAAGUCUGGAUAUUAAUCCGAAACAGGUCAUUAUUCCUGCUGAUGAAAGUGGUCAAUAUUCCAUCCGAUUAAGUUGUAUUUUAACGGAUCAUCAUACAGGUCGUCGACACGAGAUUCAUUGGUGGCAUAACAACAAACGACUUGGUGCCAACUCGAAUCGGCACGCUCGUAUAACGAAAAACUCUACACAACAUUCAUUUAUAUCCACUCUGUUCUAUACAGGCGAACCAGCGCAUAUCGCUGGUAGUUAUGUAUGUGAAUCAGAUCCCUUACGGAAAUAUAUUUCAGUAGAAUUAGAAAGCAAUAAGUCCUCAGAUUUAAUCGUUAGUUCAUGUCUGUUUCUGGCACUUGGUAUUUCCUUUUCGAGAUUUUUAUUCUUAUGA